AUGGCGGCAAUGAGUGCGGAAGGCCAGAUCUGUGCGGCUGAUGGCGUGGUCGAUACUGAAAUCGAUGGUUUACUGCAAGCAUCCGAGCAGUCGAUUACUCGAUUUGUUAGAUCGACCCAAAAGCCCCAGCAUGGACUCGAAGCUGAUGGCAUAUCUGGUCUUGCGUGCACAGUGAGGAUCGGUGCUGCCGCACCAGGAAGGUCACCUUGUCGUAAUCGCACUAGUGCACUGGAGAAGGCAAUUCAUGGUUUUGCGGAAAAUCCAGGAGAUGAUGUGAUUGUCCCUGCACUAGGAACAAGCUUUGAUUGUUUGAGUGAAGCCUUCGACUAUUGCCAUUGGACUUCGAUUCUUUUGGAUGAAGCAUACGACUUUUACAAGCUUCGAUUCUUUGACUAA